UUGGUCACAGUGAAGACCCACUUUUUGUGUAACAGUUAAAAAAGAAGUCUGAAAAUCCACAAGUAAAUUUGUAGUGGCCCCAUACCCUCCCCAUCCAUCUGCUGUCUGUCUCCAGCGUGAAUUAAGCCCAAGAAAUCUGAAAAAGAAAAGCUUCUCCACUCCACAUAUAAUGCACCAUACCAUAAUAUAUUGGAAAUGGGAUUAUAUCAUUAUUUACUGAGUUCAACAAAAGCGACCCCUCUUCCUUCUUUUUCUCUGUACUAUUCCUGUUUAGCUAUAAAGAACUGAAAUGUAUCUUUCUCUGUAGAUUCUAUCUCUGCAAAUUCUGCUCUUUUAGAGUUGAGCUGUUUCUUUAGAAUCCCCAAACCUUUCUUUUUAAACCCCCUCUUUUGCUCUCUUCUCUUUUUAGAUAACAGCUCUUGAAUCUUUCUUUCGACUCUUUUUGCUUUUGUAGUCACUUUCUUUUUUGGAUUUCCUUUUCUUGCUUCUUGUGUCGCCCCACAACAUGGAUGAGUGGAAAAGGAGUGGACAGAUACCAGCAUUUGGAGAUUGGGAGCAUGCGAAUGAGCUGCCAAUAACUCAGUAUUUUGAGUGUGCAAGACAAGCUGGUUUAAUUCGAUAUAGUUCCUCCGGUGAAUGUGAACAGUACAUGCGCGGUGGCAGUGGCGGUAGCGGUAGCGGUGAUUUAUAUGCUACCGACGUCAGGAAACCUUCUCGUGAUCUUGGUCCUCCUCCAAGAAAGACGAGAGGGGUGAGUGGAGAGAGGAACAGUAGAGUCCCUUCUUCACUUUCACAUGUGAAAGAGCAGAAAAAACAAGGCAGAGUGUGUGACGUGACGGAACCGCCAAGGAAACAACAUCAGGCCGCCGUCUCUACGUACAGUAAUGCGUCCAAUGCUAAAAAGGACGUUAAUGGCAUCAGUCUUCAGCAUCGUCCUCGUCCUGUUAGACCUUCUAAAGCUGUUGACGAAGAUCUCUACAAAAUCCCUCCUGAGCUCCUUCGAUCUUCCAAGCGGAAGAAAAUGCCAGGAUUAUUUGCAUGCCUUGUGCCUGCCUGUGCAUCAUAAAGUUGCUGUACAAGAUGUUUUUAUCAAGAGACUCAGACUGCUUAUGUUAAGAAGAAGAAGAAGAAGAAGAAAGUAUGUAUGCUCAUUUUUAGAAUGUUUAAAGAUGAACAAAGCCAGUUUAGAUGAGAAUAGAUUUGUUUAUGUGAUAUUUGAUGAUAAUACCAUAUAAAUUCACAUCUUUUGCAUGAGAUUUGGCCUCUGCCAAACUCAACA